AUGAGCAGCCAGCACAACAACAGACACUUUGUCGCCUAUGGCGUCGCUGGUGCUCUGGGCCUUGCCUACUUUUAUUGGAAGAAUCAAGACAAGAAGCGCAAAGAUGGAAACGCCACAGCAAUGUUUAGUGACGCUGAAUUUGAAGAGCUGAUUACUUACUGCAAUCAACCAGCCACUCAGAUUGCCUUGGCCAAGAACCAGGAAAGCCAGAAGUGCAUCUACUUGGACUACAAUGGGACAACACCCAUAUAUCCACCAGUGGUAGCAGCCAUGCUGCCCUAUUUUUGCACUCAUUUCGGCAAUCCCUCGAGUGGUCAUCACUACGGAAAAGAGCCCAAGCGCGCAAUUGAGGAAGCUCGCAAAACCAUGCUGACAUCGUGUUUGGGUGUUGAUCCUGGUUCUGUCGACACUUCUGCAAUUUGGUUUACAGGUUGUGGAACAGAGUCGGACAAUCUAGCCAUUCAACUGGCACUGCAAUCCACAGAGCAUCAGUUCAAAGAAGGAACCAACAAACCUCACAUGGUCUGCACCAAUGUUGAGCACCCAGCCAUUGCUGUUUGUCUGCAAGCACUCGAAAAAUCUGGGCGAAUAGAUGUUACGUACGUGCCCGUGGAGACGGAUGGAUGUGUCAAGGCAGAUGAUGUUCAAGCAGCCAUGACGGAAAACACUGUUUUGGUAACCAUUAUGCUGGCAAAUAAUGAAAGCGGCGCAUUGCAACCCGUGAAAGAGACUGCACAGGAAUGUCGGAAACGUGGCAUUCUGUUUCACACAGACGCUGCUCAAGCUGUGGGAAAGGUCUCUUGUCGCUUGGAUGACUUGGGAAACCCAGACAUGGUCAGCAUCGUCGGACACAAAAUUGGUGCUCCCAAGGGAAUUGCUGCCUUGUACGUUCGACCCAAGUGUUGCGAGGAGAAUGGAAGGACGUUAUCCCACAGUCAUGGUAUUCUACUACUGGGUGGUGGUCAGGAAUUUGGGCGCAGAGGAGGAACCGAAAACACUCCCUACAUGGUCGGAUUGGCAACUGCCGCAUCCUUGGCGACGGAAAACUUGGAGAAGAAUGCCAAGCACAUGGAAGAGAUGCGCAAUCGGUUGUUGAGUCAAUUGGAGACGAAAUUGAAUGAAGCAGGCAUCCAAUGUAGAGUCAAUGGGCCUGACGAUCCCAAGAAAAGACUGCCAAAUACGCUGAGUGUCGGACUCCCAAAUGUUCAUAGUGGUGAUUUGCUAGCCGAAAUCUCCGACAAGGUUGCUGCAAGUGCGGGUGCUGCCUGUCAUUCGGCUGGGGGGAUCAGCCAGAUUCUUCGCGCCAUGAAGGUUCCAGAAGAGUUUGCGAGAGGCACACUGAGGUUGACUGUUGGACCGUACACUACUCCCGCAGACAUAGAUCGAGCAGCUGAAUUCAUUGCGGAAGCUGCAAUUGAGCAAACACAGAGCGAUACAAUCUAA